GUAGAUUGUCCUACGGCAGUUACCGUAGAAUUGUACUCUAUCGGCUGUUGUACAUUUGUCGUGCGGAAGGUUUUUGAAUCGCCGUGCAAGUCCACGCUGUACUGCUUAAUAACAUCAAUUAUAAACCGUGUUGUUUACAUUUAAGAGAUAACUGGAACGUCUUAGAUUUCAUCAUGAACGUUCAGCCAUCAAAUCCUAACAACCCAAUUGUGUUUUUUGACGUCACAAUCGGCGGGCAGGAUGUGGGAAGGUUGAAAAUUGAGUUGUUCGCCGACGUGGUACCAAAAACGGCAGAGAACUUUCGGCAGUUUUGCACAGGGGAGUUCAGGAAAGAUGGUGUCCCGGUUGGCUUCAAAGGUUGCACAUUCCACAGAGUCAUAAAGGACUUCAUGAUCCAGGGAGGAGACUUUGUUAAUGGGGAUGGCACUGGAAUAUGCAGCAUCUACAGAGGUCCUUUUGCAGAUGAAAACUUCAAGAUGAAGCACUCAGCCCCAGGUCUUCUGGCUAUGGCUAACAGUGGGCCCGGCACUAAUGGCUGUCAGUUCUUCAUCACCUGCACCAAGUGUGACUGGCUGGAUGGGAAGCAUGUUGUGUUCGGGAAAGUGGUGGAUGGGCUACUCGUCAUGAGGAAAAUUGAGAAUGUCCCCACAGGCCCCAACAACAAGCCCAAGCUGCCCAUAGUGAUUAGCCAGUGUGGGGAAAUGUAGCCCGCUUGGAGCCCUUCUGCUUUCUGGACCGACUCCGUUUUCUACUCCGACUCCCUAUCCCUGUGCGGAAAUAUUUUUACUUAUGAUGACUGGUGUAAAAAUGUGUGUGUGUGUGUAUGUAUGUGCAUGCAACAAAUGGUAUAUGGCAUGUUAGACCCCCCUCCCCACCCACCCCACCUCUCGACAGCACCUGGCCCCUGUACGCAGAGGCUCUUCACUGGGACACCUGAAGGACAGGAGCUUUACUGUUGGACUGGCCGCAAACACGUGGAAAAUAAUCUGAUUUAAUGAUCUGAACAAUUUCAAAUAUACAGUGCUGCCAAACACCUGAA